GCCUGAACCCACCCUCUUGACGCUGCCAGCGCGGGGCACCACCGUCUUCAUUAGUUUCAGAGCCAAAUGAAGGCACCAUGAGCAUGAUUCAACUGCAGAGGAACUUAUUCACGACGACCACUUCUGCCCCUUCUUUCACUUUUUCUCCUCAUCCUUCAUCGACGGCUUUGCCUCUCCGACGCUUCUGCUUCAUGUUACAAUUAAGGGCACUUCAGAACCCACCCAUAUCACAUUCAACAUGGAGCGUCACCAGCAGUAUCAAAUGCCAAAAGAGUUCCCAAGUUAAAUUUAGAAAGCCUGGGACAAUGUCAAUCAAGCAUACAAGCAUUGGCCAAAGCUUUUGUCCUUUCAAUGGUACGAGUGAUGUUUUAAGGCGCACUGCUGUUAUCCCUGUACUUGCAAGACCGGGGUUCUGUAAAUCUGUGGAAUCUCUGAAUAAUUUCAGUUUCCCAUAUCCGGAGAAAGGUUUUGGAAGGAGUUUAACGAAUGAUGCGAUUUUCCAUAAGAGGUAUGUUUCUUAUGUCCGGAAAGUGGAAACUAGAAAUGAUACUGUGAAUGCCGUAGAUGGAAAGCAUGAUAAGUCUACUCUGGGCCUCAAGAGUUCUAAUAAACACAAGAAACGGGCAAAAGCUUUUAUUGUUCAUGGCAAAGAUAGAGAUGUAACUUCUGGUACCUCUGUUUCGAAAGAUGUAGAUCUGUUAACUUCAAGAAAGUGUCUAGUUGAAGACAAGGGAUUGUCGACAUCAGCAACACCUGCUAAUAGUAAACAGGACUCUAAACUCAAUGGAAGAAAGAAGUCAGGAAGUAAAAAGAACAAGAAUUCUGUUAACAAUUCAUCGGAAGAGGUUGCUGGUGCACAGGAUUCUAUAAAUUCUUCUGAAGCAAAUGCAUCGCAUCUUUUUGCUACGGGCCAGAGCUCCUCACCUUUUUCACAGAAGAAUUCAACAAAGACUGCAUCAGAAGAAGAACUUGAUAAACCUGCUUCUAAGAAGAAAUUGUCAAAGAAAAAAGUGGGAGUUCCAGUGAGAAAGGGAAAUCGAUGAAGGCUACUAGUGAGUCAAAGCAGGAAGUGAUCAAUGAAGUGAAACUUCCAGAGAAAAUUACUGUCAAGCCGCUAUAUCCUCCCACUGGAAAGACUGUGGUUGUUGUGGAGUCUGUUACGAAGGCAAAGGUUAUUCAACGUUACCUUGGUAAUAUGUAUGAAGUCCUGCCAAGCUAUGGUCAUGUAAGGGAUUUGGCUGGAAGGUCUGGAUCUGUACGCCCUGAUGAUGAUUUUAGCAUGGUGUGGGAGGUCCCAGCUCCUGCCUGGACCCAUCUUAAGAGCAUCAAAGUCACACU